AUGACUGAUGGCAUGGGUCGGCGGUUCUCGAUUGCCUUCGGUGCAAGUACAAUGAUUACUGCCGCCGUGAUCCAGACUGCCAGUAACUCUGUGCAGAUGUUUAUUGGAGCCCGUCAUUCACUACGCCCGCUGCUCCCCUCCUUGUCGCUGAAGUUGCAUGGCCUUCCCACCGUGAUCAAGCAACUUCACUGUACAAUACAUUGCGGUGAGCUGUUUGGUGAUUCUGAUUUUCGCAACAUAGGGUUCACUUUCGUCCCAGCUCACCAGUUGCGACCACGCAGUGCGGCACGGACUAUCUAUGGCAUCUUCACUAUUUCACCCAGUUGGGCGUGGAGAAUUUCUUCCGUACUCCAAGGUUUUUCAUCUAUGAUCCAAGUCUCGUCUGUGUGGUUCGUCCCUAAGUCUCCACGUUGGUUUGUGCAUAAGGGGAAACAAGAUCCUCUAGUGGAUUACGAAUUCGAAGAAAUCAAGGCUACCAUUACAUUUGAUCGGGAAGUAGCUGGCAAUGCUAGCUGGCUGAGCUUGAUUGAAACUCCGGAAAUCGAAAACGUUUACGCAAUCUCGUCGCGCUCGCUGUCUUCUCCCAGUGGUCUGGCGUUGGUUUGGUGUAGUUCUUACUGUGAGUUGGCUUCAUUGAUGUAUGGCGUAAAUGCUGAUGCAUUGGAGUUGACAGAUCUGAACAAGGUCUUCAAUUCGAACGGACUCACGAAUCCGACAACACAGCUGCUGUUUGUAUGGUCAUUUUCUGUACCGCGUAUUCAAUCUGCUUCUUCAUUCACAAAGAAACUGGUAGCAUCGCAGCCGGCCAUGCAGUCAUUGUGUUCAUUUUUGGUGUACAUUUUCUGGCUGUGCUUCGAACUUGUGUUCUGCUAUUUCUUCAUCAUUGAGACGAAGAACCGCACUCUCGAAGAAACUGCCGCUAAUUCCGCGUUUUUCAACCUGAUCUCCGUACCUCUCAAGUCUUCCAAAUAUCCUCUCUACUCGUCUGCACUUAUCUACACCCGCCUCCGCACACUCUUACUUGUUCCCGCAUGCCGCCAGAUGUUUUUGCUGGUCCGCCCUUCGCGGUUCCCUACCGCCUAA